AAGAAAUAAAAUAUCAGGGGCAACUGCUAGACAGCAAUUGACUGAACUGUUGAACGUCUGGAAUGGGGUGGUGGAGAUGGGGUGGAGGAAGGCUAUGCAUUUGAAGGGUGUAUGGCUGGAAAUAAGGGAGGGAACGAACAGGAAGGCCCCAAGGCUUUUUGCCAAAAAAUAAUUGCUCAUUAUGAAUAUUUGAAUGCAUCUUUAGAACAUCCUUAUCAUGAAGCUUUUAUAUUCUUGACAUUUUCAAGCCAGCAGCUGCCUCGGAGGCAGCUUUGCCAGCGGAGACUUUUAAUGUGGAUGUUUCUUGCAAGGAAAAAUACAAGCUGACCAGAAAGACUGGAAUUUCAGCUUCCCCCUCCCCAUUUCCUUGGAUUUCUUCUCCCCCCCCUCCUGCUGCUGCAACUCUUUUAAACAAGACAUUAUUGGGUCAGUGCCUCAUUUUACCCUUCCCAAGCCAGUGGCUUCUUUGGCUAGAGCAAGAAAAGGACACAGUUAUCUAUUUUGGAAAAAUACAUUCACCAUUCUGAAGGUUGGAAUAGAUCCAGACAUUUAUUAACCCGAGGAUACUUUCAAAGACCUCCUGGUUUCGUUAUGCAGAACAUAUCCUUAAUAAAAACAUACCAGACCCUGUAACCUGGAAUGCUUGACUAAGUGUUGAAGUUUUUGCGUUGUUUAGGUUUUUGGAAAGGAUUAAGAAAACACUUCAUUGCACAAGGUGCUUUUUCUUUGGAAACACUAUGGAAAACAUUUGGGUUCUGUUGCUCUUUGCGCUGAAUCUGAAAACCACCCGCUCCACCUUUGUCAGCAUCAACCAGGGACUAAAAGUGAUGAGAGGUCAGUCCGUCUUCCUGUCACAAAAGGACUUGCAGUUCUCUAUCCCCAGAGAGAAGGAUGCAUGUAAAAUAGAAGUGGUAAUGAAUGAGCCAAUCACCCAGAGAGUUGGGAAACUGACCCCCCAGGUGUUUGAUUGCCAUUUUCUUCCCAAUGAAGUCAAGUACACUCACAACGGAUGCCCAAUUCUUGAUGAAGACUUUAUCAUGCUAAGGCUAUAUAGAUUUACAGAAACUGAAACUUUCACAGAAACAGUCACUCUUCUUGUAAAGAUUCUUGAACCAGAUUGUAACAUUAUCAAGAUGAGGUCCAGUGCUUUGGAAGUUCCUGACUUUCAUGGCCUGUCUAACAUAAUUAAUAAAAACACAAUCACUUUGGAUUACAACAGGAAGAUAAACUUGGAAUGCACUAUAAGCUUGAAUUCUUUAGAGACAUUUCUGCCAGCCCACGGGCAACUUGUUCUUGGAGAAACCAAAGAAGAAGAACCUAGAGGAGAUCAGCCACAGAGUUCCUCCCAUACAACCAACCUGAAGCGUGUUCAGAAUAUCAGAGUGAGCUGUGAUGAGUUUCUUCUGAUGGGACUUAGAUACCAACAUUUGGACCCUCCUUCACCUAAUAUUGAUUACAUUCCCAUCAGGCUGGAUCUCACUGAUACCAGAAGCAAGAUUUUGUAUAAGUCUGAGUAUGCUUGGAUUCCUGUUCAGCUAAAAAAUGCAGUUUCUAACCAGCCCCCACAACCUGCCUUUAUGGCCAUGCUCAUCUUAGAAGCAGAUCAGUUCAUCCUGAGUCCUCUAUCCACAGCCAUAUUGGAUGCUGAAGACAGUGAAACACCCAAAUCUUUGCUAGUUUUUAAUAUCACCAAGCCACCCCAGGAAGGUUUCAUUACACACCUACAAGACCACACUAAAACUGUCUCGUCCUUCACGUGGGCCAGCCUGGAUAAUAUGCUUAUUGCAUAUCAACCUCCAAACAGCAGCCAUACAGAGAGAAGAAACUAUGAGGUGGAAUUUGAAGUUUAUGAUUUGUACUUUGAAAGAAGUGUGCCAAUUACUCUUUACAUCUCCGUGAGAACAGCAGACACAAAUGCACCAAGGGUUUCAUGGAACAUGGGUCUUGAUCUCCUGGAAGGUCAGUCUCGCCCCAUAACAUGGGAGCAGCUUCAGAUUGUAGACAACGAUGAUAUCAGCGGAGUUCGUUUAGUUCCUGUGGAUGGGUUACAACAUGGGCAGCUUACUGUAAGAGGAGGGAAAGGAUUCAUGUUCAAUGUCUUGGAUCUUAAGACUGGAGUGGUUCGUUACCAUCAUGAUGACAGCGAUUCCACCAAAGACUCCAUUGUCUUUAGGAUCUUUGAUGGCCACCACAGUAGCCGCCACAGGUUUCCAAUCAAUAUUCUGCCCAAAGAUGACAGCCCCCCUUUUCUCAUUAGUAAUGUUGAAAUAGAGGUCCGUGAAGGAGAAACGAUCCUGAUUCAAAGCUCAAUGCUUCAUGCAUCUGAUAUGGACUCUAGCGAUGACUACAUACUCUUCAAUAUCACUAGAUCACCACAAGCUGGAGAAAUAAUGAAAAAACCUAAAACAGAUUUUGUUGGUUAUCCAGUCACUAAAUUCCUUCAGAAAGAUCUGUUUAAUGGGAUAAUUUAUUACCAUCACUUAGGAGGAGAAAUAUUUGAAGAUUCAGUUGAGUUGGUUCUGUGUGAUAGCCAUGAUCCUCCCAAUCUUUCAGAAAUUCAGAUAAUAAGAGUACACAUAAUUCCAGUGAAUGAUCAGCUGCCAAAAGAAUCUCCAGGAGCAAACCGUCAUUUGACUGUCAAGGAAACAGAGAUUGUUUAUUUAACAAAGAAACACCUUCAUUACAUAGACAUGGAAACCCAGGACAGUGAGCUAAUAUACACCAUAACAUCUCCCCCAUUCUUCUCCUUCGCACAUUAUCAUACAGAUGCUGGAAAAUUAUUCAUGGUGGAGAGUAUUCCUAAGCUCAUCAAGGAUCCUUCUAUUCUAUCACUAAGAUCAUUCACUCAGCAUGCCAUAAACCACAUGAAAGUUGCCUAUGUGCCACCCAUGGAAGAUAUUGGUCCUGAACCUCAAUAUAUCCAGUUUGCGUUUUCCAUCAGCAGUCAACAUGGCGGAACUUUGUAUGGCAACUGUUUUAACAUUACUGUUCUUCCAGUCGACAAUCAGCCUCCAGAGGUGCUUACACACAGCUUGAGAGUAGAAGAAGGGGGCCAGAGUACCAUUACCAAAGGCCAUAUUUUGAUUUCAGAUGUGGACACCAAACUGGAAAACAUACGUAUACAUCUCCUUAAGCUUCCCCUUCAUGGAACUGUUGAAUUAGAUGAGAAUCCCAUGAAUCAAAGAGAUUGGCUGACCUAUGAAGAUUUACAGAUGUCCAAAGUCAGGUACCAUCAUAAUGGUUCAGAGUUUCCACAUGAUCGUAUUCUUUUUGAGGCUACAGAUGGCAUCAAUUCCUUCGAAUUCAUCCUCCAUGUGAAGGUAAUUCCUGUAAAUGAUGAACCUCCGGUGAUGAAUGCUGACCUCAUUCCCUUCAUGCAGUGUCCAGAAGGACAGGCGGUGCCCAUCACUUCAGAGAACCUCUAUGCAACUGAUAAAGAUAGCGAAGACAUGCAGCUGAUGGUCAUAGUUGCCCGAUCUUCUAAGUAUGGGGUUGUGAAGAGAGGCGGACUUAUGAUAGAUCGCUUUCUCCAAGCUGAUGUUGUUUCUGGAACAGUGACAUAUGAACAUACAAGUGGUGAGAUUGGCCUAACUCCUAUCUUUGAUGUUCUUACAUUUAUUGUGUUGGAUGAUGAAAUUGGUCCUGAUGUAAAGGCCUGUUGUGAUGAUAAACCUCCAUUUUUUCCUGUACCAUAUCAUAAAUCCUUUCCAUUAUAUGAUAUUAAUAUUACAAUAUUUCCAGUUGACAACCAGCCACCAUCCAUUGCCACUGGACUUGUGUUUGCUGUGCAGGAGGGUGCCUCAGCAGCUAUUACAAGUAAACACUUGUAUGCCACUGAUCUAGACACCAAUUCAGAUGACUUACAGUUUGUUUUAACAUCCCCUCCCCAGUUUGGGUACAUAGAAAAUAUAUUGCCAUCGCCUGGUUUUGAGAAAAGCAAUGCAGGAAUAAGUAUAGCUUCAUUUCAAAUGGAAAAUGUGAGGAAGAUGCAUAUUAACUAUGUUCAGACCAGGCACAAGAGAAUUGAACCAACUACAGACCAAUUUAUGCUGUAUGUCACUGAUGGAAAGCAUCAUUCAGUGGAGACUCCAUUUUAUGUGUUAAUUCACCCAACCAAUGAUGAAGAACCGAAAUUCAUGGCAAGGAAUUUUACAGUGCAAGAGGGACAGAUGAAAGAGCUGGAUGCAUCUUUAAUCAAUGCUGUUGAUUUGGAUGUACCAGAAGAUAUCCUCAUGUUUACUGUCCUUCAACAGCCCCACCAUGGGUUUCUUGUUAAGGGAGUAUAUGGCAACAAUAUUUUCCAUUACAGGCAGGCAAUUAUUAGUCAACAGUAUCAUGAGAUUCAGGUGGAUGGUUUCUCCAUGGAGGUUUUAAAAAAUGGGUUGAAGCUUGUGUAUCUACACGAUGACUCUGACAGCUUAGUUGAUGACUUUUCAAUCCAGCUGUCGGAUGGGAAACAUAAAGUGUCAAAAACCAUUUCAGUUAAGGUUAACCCAGUUAAUGACGAGAAGCCAGUGCUGAGCAGAAAGGGUAAGAUAGAGGUGAAUAUGGGGGAAGCACAGAUAAUUUCCAGUGCUGUUUUGUCAGCUGAAGAUAAAGAUACUCCUCGGGAACAAAUUUAUUAUCUAUUUGAAAGAAUUCCAGAAAAUGGACAUCUUCAGCUCAAGGUAGAUCAUGAUUGGGUGACACUGUACAAAGGGAUGAAAUGCAACCAGGAGAAUAUAGACAUGAACACUGUGAGGUAUAUACACACUGGAGCUCUUGGAACAAACAGUGAAGACAGCUUCUCCUUUCAUCUUUGGGAUGGAAGCAACAGAUCUCCAGAAGUGGUUUUUCCUGUUGCUGUUAAGGAUGUGGAAAAGGGAAACAUUGCGCUGAUUAUGAGACCCCUCACUGUGUGGAUGGGUGACAAAGGCCUCCUGAUGACUGAUGUCCUCCUUGCAGUUGAUGGUACCAAGAAGCCAGAGGAGCUACACUAUGUGAUUACUUCCCCACCACAGUAUGGACAGAUAGAAUAUGUCAGCUAUCCUGGAAUUCCCAUUACAAGUUUCAGCCAAAUGGAUAUAGCAGGGCAGAAGGUCUGCUAUGUCCACAGUAAUAAAGCAUCUUCCUCUAGAGAUACAUUCAGAUUCAUCAUCAGCAAUGGGCUAAGAACUAAACAUGGAGAAUUUGAGAUCAUCUUGGGGACAGUGGAUCGAAGUUUACCCAGCGUGGUCAAGAACAAGGGCCUGAGACUCUUUGAAGGCAGCACGGCAGUUCUUUCUCCAGAUAUUCUCCAACUUUCAGACCCAGAUACACCACCACAAAAUCUUUCUUUUCUCCUAACACAGUUCCCACAAUACGGUCAAAUCUAUAACAGGGAAACUGGAUUAUGGCAGAAAAACUUCAGCCAACGAGAUGUGGACAAUCUGAAUGUAGCCUAUAAACAUGGAGGAGGUGGUUCACAGAUGGACAGGUUUUCAUUUAUGGCAACAGACGGAAUAAAUCAAGGAUUUCUUGUAAAUAACAAGCUGCAAGUAGACCCCUUGCCAUUUAUUAUUCAGGUGGAUAGCCCAGCAAACACAGCACCAGAAAUUGUUCAUCUUCAUACAGCUUCGGAUGUGGAACUUUUGCAGAAUGGCAGCUAUGGAAUUUACAUUACAAUGCGGUCCUUGAAAGCAGCAGAUUGUGAUACUGAAGAUGAUCAAAUUGUUUUUAAAAUUUUACGAGGACCUCGGUAUGGCUCCUUGCAAAAUAUAACAACAGGAGAAAUUAUUCAAGAACAAUUCAGCCAGAAAGAUUUAAAUAGCAAAAUAAUAUUUUAUGUCAUUGAUCCUUACUGGGAGGAAAAUUCAGAUGACCUGGAAUUUCAGGUUGCGGAUCCUGAAGGACAUUCUUCUCUCCCCCAAAUGUUGGAACUAAAAUGGUGUAAAAUUGCACUGCUGCAGGAUGAGUAUGAAGUGUGCGAAAAUGAGGAGAUGCUGUCUUUAAAAAUUACACGAUCAGGAUACAAAGGAGAUUCUGCUUUUGUGGCAGUGAAGGUUAAUGAACUGACUGCUUUAUCAGGAAAGGAUUUCAUCCUGCCUCCUUCCAGACUUAUUCAGUUUGAUCCAGGAAUGUCAACCAAGAUGUGGAAUAUAGCAAUUACCUAUGAUGGAUUAGAGGAAGAGGAUGAGGUCUUUGAAGUGACUCUGAUCUCCCCUGUGAACGCUGUUCUUGGCACUCGGACAAAAGCAGUAGUGAGAAUUUUGGACUCGGAAGGAGGUCAGUGCAAUUCAUUCCGUUCCACAAGCCAAAAUCUUCAGAACUUAUGGAUGAAAGAAAGGCUGCUUCCAGGUUCCCCUUCAUCUUCCAGGCACAGCACUGUUACUUUGGAAGAAAUUCUGCUGCCCUCUUCCAAAGUGAUGAUAGCACAGAGACGGGACAAGCCACCCAAAUUCAGCUCAGUGAAUCCUGCAAGGAACUGGCUACGUGUCAUCGGAAAUAGCAAAAUAAUUCAUUCCUCUUCUAUCUUUCGGAAUGAGACAGAUGAGUUUUUUAAAUAUCAUGGGAUGACAGGGCUGAAAAUAGAUGAAGGCAAUUCAUUGCCUAGAAAAACCAAGAUGGGAACUGUAUCUUUAAGAAGCCAAAGAGAGCCAAGAAAAAAUGUACCUUCCUCCAAGAAAAUGGAAGUUCUGCAAGCAGACUCCAGUAUUUUGGACGACAGCCUUUCCUUUCCAAAUAGAUGCACACCAAACUUGAAGGGUCUCUUGUAUUUUGAAGAAAACAUACAGAAGAUGUUUCUGUGCAAUGGUACCGCUUGGACAUCAUGGAACUACUCAAACAAGGAUAUUAAAAUGAAAACCUGUCAGUCAGGAUGGACCUAUCAUGAUGGAAGAUGCUAUAUCCUAAUCACUGACCCAAAAGCCACAUGGGCAAUUGCUGCCCAAACGUGCAAGAAAAGGUACCAUGGCCAUUUAAUUAGUGUGGCUUCCAAAUCACACAUGCACUGGCUCUGGAACUUCAGUGGAAAAAGACCUUUUUGGAUAGGUUUGAAUGAUCAACGAAACCCAGGUCAGCUGGAAUGGAUCAACAGAGAACGUGUUGCCUUCACAAACUGGAGAAGAGGCCCGCCUCGUCUUUCAAAGCAAAGGAGGAACUGCAUUUUAGUACAACAGCAGGGAAAAUGGCAAAGAAAAGAGUGCAGGAAGGGCAAAGCGUACAGUUACAUGUGUUCCACAAAACUGUAAACAAAACGGAUAGCUAGACCCCUUACUUGGCUUUCUAUACGAUAAAACUUUUAUUUUCAGUCAGUCGGAAGUGUUGAUGGAACUUAUAAAUGGGCAGUUGCUUGGCCCAUUUGAAAAAAAUCCCUACUUGAGAAAAGGGUUCAAAUGGGAUGCAGAAAUUUUUUUUUUCUGCUUGCCGUCCUAUCUGCUCUUGUUCUCCCGUGGUUUGUGAUACAAUGGCUAUGUGUCAAGAAUCAAAUUCAUUAGUUCCAGAACUCAUUUCUGUCUCUUUCGAGAGAUCCUGUAUAUGAAGAGGCUAAAAGGUUAAUUGGAAAAAGCUCUGAAUUGAGCAUAGACGCUAUAUCAUAUGCUAUUCACCAUCUUUCUCAGAUAAGACAUGUCAUCCCCCACAACUGUUACGGUUAUUUAGGAAUGCAGGCAAAAUCCUGCUCUUCGUUUGGUCAAAGGAGGCUGGUUGCAGAUACACUGAGCAAAAAAGUGAACAUUGUGCCACUCCACAAUGCUCAUGCCCAUUUUAUAAUAUACCCGGAUGUAAACUUCCAACAAAUGUCAAACAUUCCCUUAACAAAAUUGCAUUACGUUAUUCUGUGAUAAAUUUCUAUAUGUCUAUAUUUGGGGCAAAUGUAGGAGCCAUUGUGGCACAAUGGUUAGAAUGCAGUAUUGCAGGUGAACUCUGCCCACAACCAGGAGUUUGUUCCUGACCAGCUCAAGGUUGACUCGGCCUUCCAUCCUUCCAAGGUUGGUAAAAUGAGGAUCCAGAUGGCUGAGGGCAACAUGCUGACAUUUGUAAACCACUCAGGGAGUGCUGUAAAGCACUGUGGAAUACAAGACUAAGUGCUAUUGCUAAAUGUCAAGUGAACUUUCCAAUUCUCACGGUAACAAAUUCAAAUGUGUUCCCUUCAAAAUUGACUAUGAGUUAUGAAUAUAAAUUCUGAAGCAUUAUAAGAUCUCCCUAGCCAUCAUUGCUAGCUGAUUUCCCAACAGAAGCAUUUUAACUUUUGCUACCAUCCCUGAUAAGCUCUAAGUUUUAUUUGCAUGUAAAUUUCUCUGGCCUCUCUUUGAUAAUUUUCUUUCCUUCCCUCCAUUAACAUUGGAGACAUUCUGAAUGUCCAUUCAACUUUUUGUGACUUUGUGAUGUGUUGAGACUACAACCAACCUAGACAGGAAUUCUGGAUGCUGCAGUCCAACACCUUUUGAAGGUGCUAGACUGGGCCAGACAAACCUGAGAAUUUAUACACAUUUCCCAAUCCUCUUGUGUGGAUGCUUGCUGGGAAGAACUGUACUGCAAAUGGGAGGUAGAAUUUGAAAAUAAAAUCCACUUGCACACAAAAAAUAUAUAGGAAGAAUAUAUGUGAAAUUCGUACAGACUGGAAUGUGCAAAGUACACUGGGUAAUCUAUUUGAGUUAUUAUAAAAGCCUGGAAUUGAAUAAAUAUUCUGACAAAUUCUGAAAGGGGAAAAUGAGAUGUACUAACAAAAACAAUUUUAAAAAACUCACUGCAGUUCACUUUGACACGCCAAUAAUCUCCUAAUACACUCUUGUAUGUAAAUCUGAGACUGCUCGUUGGAAAACUAAUGUUAUUUUUCAAAGUCAUGUUUUACCUUCCAUUAUUCCAUAUUGAUAAAUAAGUGAAAAUAUUUAUAAGUAUACCGAUCCUUUAUGGGCACAUAGUUCCCCUUCCCCUUUUUAGUGGCACUGAAAAUAGAUUUUUUUCCUGUGCAAUGUGUAUUUGGAGGGAUAGAAUGAAUCUAGAUAAAAUAAUACCUUUACUGCUGUAGGUUUAGUUUUAUUUGAACUUGAAGGAUGCUGAUCUACUUUUGUACCUUAAAUGGCAUGCAUUAUGUGCUGUUUUCUACUGUAAUAUCUAAAUACAAUGUAUUAAUAAAAAUAGCAUUGGAGAUUG